UAGCUCCAAUUAGUAGAUUAUACACCGAGGUGUAGGUAGAGGAACCUACACCUCGCCCAAAACGCAGGAAAAAAAUAACAAAACGCAGGCUUCUUGUAAAGGAAUGAACAAUAAUGUACAUGGUCUCAGUUGAGUAAUGUACAUGGAAAACUUUGCAAAAGAAACUGAUUUGACCGUUACUAUUCACCAAUUAAUAACUGAAUAAAUGUCAACUGCAAAUCCCGUCGCCCCAUGUACCAGUGAUCAUCAUAUUUCAACUUCUCACACUCAACCUCCAUAUUUCAUUCACAACUUUCUCUCUCGACCAUUUUUCUCACUCUAUCAAAUUCUCUCUCUACAUUCUCUCUCACCACCACCGCAAUUCUCACCACAAAAACCCCAAUUCACACCAGAAAACCCCAAUUACCACCACAAAAAUUCCAUUGCACCAUCCCACAACAUUGUCCUCUAGCGUUUAUGGACAAUAGCGACAAAAAAAAACCAAAACAAAGACGACAACCACCGCAGUCAAGAAACCCACGGCAACCAAGGCAAGCGAAAAAACUACCUUGCCCAAAACCACUCAGAAUAAUUCCUCCAUCUCCACAACUAACUAUGGGUGAAGAUAUUAUUCCUCCAAACGAUUCUACCACAAAAACUGAACAGCAAACAGUACCCAUACCUGCAACAAUUAGCUCUCCAAUAGAUCCCACCCUCAGAGAAUCUAGGGAACAGCAAACAGGGCCCACCCCUGAAACAGAGAACUCUCCAAUAGAUCCCACCCUCAGAGAAUCUAGGGAACAGCAAACAGGGCCCACCCCUGAAACAGAGAACCAUCCACAAGGUCCCACCACAACAGAAUCUACUGAACAGCAACCAGGAUCUAUACCUGUAGUUGUUGAAGACCCUUGCAUAGAUCCCACCCUCAGAGUAUCUAAUGAACAGCAAACAGGGUCCACCCCUGAAACAGACAACCCUCCAAAAGGUCCCACCACAACACACUCUAGUGAACAGCAACCAGGAUCUAUACCUGUAGUUGUUGAAGAGUCCACCACAGCAGCUUCUACUGAAAAUGCUUCUGAUUCCACAACAUCUGAGAAGCAACCUACUACUGAACCAGAAACAACUCCACCUAGUACUGACAUUCCUCCUUCGACUGAGAAAGAACAUACUCCUAAUGAUUCAAGCACCACCAGAACAACUGAUAGAACGCCUGUUCUUGAGAGUGAGGCCAUUCCACUCAAUACUGAGAUGCCCCCCACUAAUGAACAUGACCCUAUUCAACCCAAUACUGAGAUGCCCCCUACUACUGAACCUAUUCCAACACCUCCCAUUCCUGAAACAAUUCCUGAAGAAGAUGAAACAGACGAUGAUGAAGAGGUACCAAUUGGUGUGCUGAGGGCCAGGGCAAGGAAAAGUGCCCAAGCCACCCGCCCCAGUAAGAGAAUGAAAAUUUCAACUUCCAAGGCUGCCACAACUUCCAAGGCUGCCAAGGGCAAGUCCCCACUUGAAGCAGAUACCACAAAGCCUGGGAAGAGGAAAGCACCAGAGCAGGCCCUGAAAAUCAGAAUUGGCAAGGGUUCACCUCCCAAACAAAAGAAGGCUGCUAAGUCCAGGUAUAGUGAAUGA